AUGGGCGGUGUUGGAAAGACGGCCUUGGCUCAACGAUUGUAUAACAAUGACAAAGUGAGUAAUUGUUUCGAGAGGAGAGCAUGGGUCUGUGUUUCAGAUGUUUUUUAUGUUCUUGACAUAACAAAGACUAUUUUGGGGUCGAUCACCAAAGAGCCUUGCGAGGACAAAGAUCUUGAUAGGCUUCAAACAAAGUUGAAAGACAAUCUAUCUAGAAAGAAGUUUCUUGUGGUCUUAGAUGAUGUUUGGAAUGUGAAGUACGAAGAAUGGACUUCCCUCCUAAAGCCAUUUGAAGCAGGGGCCAAGGGAAGCAAGAUCAUCAUCACAACGCGUAACAAUUCUAUUGUUUGCAUAAAAAGAGUUUUGUCAUAUUCUUUGAAUGUGUUGUCUGAAGAUAAUUGUACCAGCAUGUUAGCCUAUCAUGCUCUAAGAGCAAGAAAUUUUGAGAAGCACCCAAAUUUGGAAAGAGCAGGCAAGAGAAUAGCUGAAAAAUGUAAGGGUUUACCUUUGGCAGCAAAGAUGUUGGGCGGUCUCCUACAUAAUAGAGAGAAUCCCAAAGAAUGGGAAGCUAUCUUAAAUAACAUAACAUGGGAUAAAGCGAUAGGAAAAGAUGGUGAGGUUCUUCCAGCUUUGAAAUUAAGCUAUUCGCAUCUUCCUUCUUGUUUGAAGAGAUGUUUUGCGUAUUGCGCUAUAUUUCCAAAGGACUAUGAAUUUGAGAGGGACAAGCUGGCAUUCUUGUGGAUAGCAGAGGGCUUUUUAGGUGAAGAAAAAGAAAAAGAGCCAAAAUCAAUUGCAAAUACGACAUGCUUUACCUCUGGGGACUCUCAAGUAGUGAGUACUAAAGAGAAAGCUCGUUAUGCAUCAUUUGUCUCACACUUUGUUACAUCAAAAAGCUUAAGAGCAUAUGCUCAAAUGAAGAUUGGUCUUAUUAUGCUGGAGGCCGAGAAGAAAAAGUACCAUUCUCCCGUCUUCAACAUCUUGUUGUUCGAAGAUGUCGAGAGUUGA